GGGGUCAUCCUGCGUCUCUCCUCAGUGAUGUACCGCUUCCGAUUCAGCCUGCCGCCGCACCUCUCUCUUGUUGUGCGCGCACUGGGCUCGCUCGAAGGCACGGCCACAACGCUGGACCCCAACUUCAAGGUGGUGGCAACAGCGUACCCAUUCAUCAUAGCGCGCCUGCUCUCUGACCCCUCACCGGACAUGCGGGCCAUUCUGCGCCAGAUGCUGCUCUGGCCCUCGGGUGCCAUCCGCUGGCAGCGCCUGCAGCGACUGGCGUCCGUGCUCUCCAAGCCAUCCCCACAGCACUCCACUGGGUUGGACCAUAGCUCUCCUAUAGAAGCUCAGGAGGGGGAAACAAGGGCGCGGGUUUCUGCAGAGGAAAAGCAGCAGACAACCGUCAGUGGGGAGGAGAAGCAGGGGGGACAGAGGGAUGAGCUGAGGGAGGGGGUGGAUGCGGCAGCUGUGGUGGCGGCAGCAGGGGCUUUUGAAACGUCACAAAAGGAGAGGCAGCGGGGACAGAGGGAUGAGCUGAGGGAGGGGGUGGAUGAGGCAGCAGUGGUGGCAGCAGCAGGGGAUUUUCUGGCGUAUGUGCUGUCUGCCGAGGGCAGCAGCACAAGAGGGUGGCUCGUGCUUGAUGCGGUGGCUGCUGGGCAGCAAUGGGUGGAUGAGAGGGUUGGGUCGACUGGAAAGGAGCGAUGGGUGGAGGAGGAGGAGUACUGGCAGCAGCGGUGCAGCGCGCACCGGAGCUGCAACUGCCGCCACUCUCCUAGAUUCAUUCCUUCCCCACCUGUGCCGCACCCACCCCCCCCCACCCACAUCCUCCACUCAUCCCGUGCUCCUUCAGUGGAUCCUUUGGGAGCGCUGGCAGCAGCGGUGCAGUGCGCACCGGAGCUGUGGGCACCUCCUGUGGACCCUUUGGGAGCGCUGGCAGCAGCAGUGCAGCGAGCACCGGAGCUGUGGGUGCCGCUGCUGGUGGAGACGGCAGGCAGGGCGGAGGCGAGGGAGAUGGCGGGCAGGGUGGUGCGAGGGGUGGCCUCUCAUGCUGCAGACUCUGCUGUGGAAAGUGCGCUGCUUGCCGUGUCUCGAUGGCUCCACUCCAAAUAG